CCAAUCCCACUGGUUCUGCGCCGAAGACUUACCCAGGCACAUCGGAGGUCUUCAGGGAGUCCAGCAGCACGACGGGGAUGGUGGUCGGCAUUGUGGCGGCAGCAGCACUGUGCAUUCUCAUCCUGCUCUACGCCAUGUAUAAAUACAGAAACAGAGAUGAAGGCUCGUACCACGUAGACGAGAGUCGCAACUACAUCAGUAACUCAGCGCAGUCCAACGGCACCGUAGUCAAAGAGAAACCAGUCAACACUGCAAAGACCUCGGGGAAGAAUAAGAAGAACAAGGACAAGGAGUAUUACGUGUGAUUUUCGAAACUUUGGUCUUUGCCAGACCAAAUUAAAGCGUUUAUCAAAAAGACAAAUCAGGACAUCAACAUGUGUACAGUAUAAUAACAAAGAUGAACAUUAUUUAGUCAUUUUUCCUAAAAGACGAUGCUCUGAAAAGUAAAUAUGAAAAAUGAAAAAAUAAAGACUCUUAAGCACUGGAGAUAGAAAACAUAUACAGUCCAGAAAGAGAAAGAUGGAAAAAUGGCUCUGGCAACCAGUUGAAAAAGAACUGAACACAUAUCUAACAUGUCAACCAACCAAACAACAUUAAUCCACCUGUGACUCGUUUCCUUGGCCAGGAACAUGUGAUCUAACUUCCUUGUUUUGGGUAAACAAGGAGGCAGAGAUGCACGUGUGACGAGACAGGUUCAGCAUUUCAAACUCAAUGUUGUCAUUUACAUUGCCUGUGUUUGUGUUGUUGAGACUUUUUCUAUGAGAGAAAAUGACACAAAGCAUAAAUGAAUACAUACAUAAAUGCGCCAAAUAUUUAAUGUGGGUGGAAGAGAAAAAAAAUCUGGUGACAACCGUGAACUUGGACAAAAAAAAAAAAUUACCUGAUGGACGCCCGUGGAAUCAGGCAAAGUACUCAACGAACAGGAGGUGACGGCCAGCGAAGACUUGACACCUGACUGACUGAGCUGCCGCAGCACGACUGUGAUUGUGGGGGGCAGUUUCUCUGGAAAGACUACAAUUUAAAAGAAGAAUAUGUCCAUUGUGCCAGUAAGAAAUCUGGAGGCCUUCGUCUUCACGUCAUGUGAACUCAAAGGGGAACGUUUCCUCCGAGUGCUGGGGGCGUCUGAAAAAGCGAUCACUCGGGAGCCAUGCACGCAAAAUUAUCUUAUUACAGUACAUAUGUUUAUAUACAGUACAACCACAUCUAUAUGUGCUUUCUGGACUGUGACAAAGUGGUGUUUUAUAGCCUGUUGUAUAGACGAUGCAAACUAUAACUGCUCCUCUACCAUUUUGGAAUAAAAAAAGAAAAAGGACAAAAAGAAGACAUAAGUGUUAUUAAGUGUUGCUAGUCAUAGAAGAUUUUAUGAAGACAUCUGCAUUUUUUUUUCUCAGUUGAAUAAUAAUAAUAAUUUGAUUUCCCCUUGUUUUUACAUGUGUUCCUAUAUAGUUUUUUAUACAAAUGCCAACCAGACGAUCCCGGACCAGUAGUAGCCGAAACCGUUCCCCAAAAACUGCAAAAGGCGUGACAUGACGACUUAUGUGGAUCUGUUAAAGAUUCCGGUUGAAUCACUGCCUUCCUCCUCAAUCCUGACUUACAUGAGUGAGAAUGAAGACCGAGAAUAUGAGUGAUGAUGAUGGAUGAUGACAAUGAUUAAUAUAAAUUAACUUGCUGUGUGUGUUUCCAAGUGGUAUUAUGAGAUUGUCCGAUGUGUGCUUGGGCUGAUGCGAAACCAGAGGAGGGAGCUCCAGUCUGUCUCCAUUUCAGCUGUUCUGUGUUUGUUCUGUCAUUCUGUCCGUCAGUUCUGCUUUCCAGAGACCUGUACUUUGAAUGACUACGAGGAACAUGACCUUGAACUAUAAAUGAUGAUUAUAAAUUCUCUUUGUUUGCUCCUCUUUCAUUUCCUCUGGCUUUUAUGUUCAAUUGUACCGCUAACUUUCUUGUA